GAUAUAUUACUGUUUAACAAAAUCUGCUUUCUGCUUCUUCCGAUACUUACGAGCUGGACGAGACAGGAAAAGCAAUACCGCGUUUUUUUAAUUUUCUCUUGUUCUGAUGUUAAUGGACAUCACAACGUACCCCGUACUCCCAUACUGAAAGCACUUUCGAAAUGCCUUCGACACCAAUCAUAAGUUGUUCGACUGACAAAGCAGAAUUGGAUCGGCACUCGCGGAAUUCAUACCACAUAUCUGCGCAACCAAUAUCGUAAUAAGAUGGCUACCUCGGAAGUAAAAUCAAAGCAAAUGAAAAGCCUUGUCGGCGGCGUGUUGAAACGUAUCGUUGGGAAAAUGGCAAAGGAAAAGAGAAGUCGGAAGGUCAUCGACGUGUCAAAUUCGUUAAGCACAACUCUGUCAAAAAGAAUUGUGGACUGCGGACAAGAUUUAGACUUGACGCUGGUGAAUACCGAGCCAGAAGUCCUCAGGGUUUCACCGAUGGACACAUCUUGUGAGGUCACACUGAUAUCCUUUUCCGACGACGAGCCAGAGACGUGCUACAAGAUCUCUGUUAACCACGCAAUAGACCAGAAGCACGAGGAAAGCUAUCAUAUUGUUGUGAAUCACAGUCGUACCGCGAAAAACUUUGACGACGAUCAUCAUUCUGUUGGUGAAACGAACGAUGUUGCUCAGGAACUGACGAACAAGAGUGCUACUCAAGAUAUGAAUGAAGCGUUACCUUCCUCUCACUUGGAACAUGAGAUGCGCAAAAAUAUUUGUACGGAAAAUCGCGAUAGCGAGAAGAAUUGUGUGAUCCCUGAAUGUGUUGAUAGCAGCGACUACGAAUGUCGACGUCCUAGACAAGAUUUCUUUGUAAAGAAGGAUUCGAUUUUUUAUGAAUCGCUAUUUGUCGCAAGUGAUUCAGAAGACGACGACGAUGAGGAGGAGAACCUCUUAUUCCGUAGAAACAACAACCAAUGGUUCAUCGACGGAAUGGAAAAUAACUUUCCACCCAAGCAAAAUACAUCGAAACCUGACGCAUCUGACAAACCCUGCAGACUACUCAACAUAACACUUGACACUGCGGUAGAUGAUUUGAGUUUCAUAGAUGACGAGUACUCGAUGUAAAGUUUUGCAAAAGCACUUUGCAUUCAAUGCUUUUUUUCAUAGACUGUUCCGACGUAUAUUGCUUUGCAUGUCUACAAGAAUAUGGGGCAAACGUGUCAAUCAUCAAAGAUACGUCGCAACCUUUGUUCCGAUCAAGGAGCAAAUUAGACCAUGCAUUUCACCUUUUGAAGUGCACUACAUAUCAUAGGACAAUAAUACAUAAAUUUUAAAUUAAAAUAUGCUACACCA